AGCAGAGGCAGCUUGAGAGUACACAUGCAUCAGAUGCACAUGGUGGAGCAGCCAUGGCCGUGAGAAAUAAUAGGCCAAAUAAUUCUGGUCGACAAGGAAGGAUGGAACACUGUCCUGAUCAAUCCUUCACUAGCUCACAAAGUGGACAACAAUUUGAUCAAGACAGGCGACGUGAAGGCUCUUCCAGAGGACGUCCUGAAUGCGCCUAUUGUGGUGAUAUGGGGCAUUUUGUGGAAACUUGUUACAAGUUGACUGGCUAUCCACCAGGUCAUCCAACAAAUAAAUCCAACCGUCCCAAGCAUAAUAGAAGUCAUGGCCAUUUUGCAAAUCAAGUAUCUGAUGGACAAACCAAAGACGAAAAAAGGCUCUUGAAUACUGCUCUCACAGAAACACAACUUCAGCAGCUUAUUAGCAUCUUAAGUACCAAAGAAAAAGAAGGUGCUCAAUCCCAAGCUAAUUCAGCAGUUGCCAAGCCAGGAUCUGGCUUCAAGGAGGACGAUUGGUUUGGGUAAGCAAUGUGAUGGCCUAUAUUAUCUGGUGGCCUUGGCUACAGAAAAAGGAUUAAUCAAACCAUCAACCAUCUCAAAAACCAACGCCCUCAUCAAACCAACUUCCUGC